AUGCCGAGCCCUCCUCCGGCCCCACCCGCGGUGGCGGAGGAUGAGGAGCGGCCAUGGCCGCCGAUUAAGAUGAAGCGUUUUCCGUACGCCGUGUACUGCGUGUUCGGUGGCAUGGGCCGCACCGGGGAGAACCUCCUCGCCGCUUGCGUCGGGAUCCACUAUCUGCUUAUCAUGGUCAAUCUCCUCUCCUUCUACACAGACGGUGAGCAGGCCCGCUUCUGGACACUCGUCAGCCGCGUCGUGCAGUCCCUCUGCUACGCCUCCACGACGCUCAUCACGUGCACGCUCAUCACGUGCGUGUUCAUCCGCUACUACAUGCGCGUGUAUGGGGAGUACCACGUGACGUUCGAUCCGCCGCAGCAGCACCUGGCGCCCGCAGCGGCAGCGGAGCAGCUCCCACCUCCCCCUCCGGAGAUGAACAUGUGUUAG